CAGGCCCCGAAGGCCGUGGCACGGCAUCUAUAUCAGUUCAAGACUGGCCACGCACAGCUGGCGGCAUACCUGCACCGAAUUGGCAGGCGCGACACCCCCCUGUGUAGGGGAUGCUCAGAGGGGGCAGAAACCGCGGCGCACCUGCUGCUC